AUGGCGGGGGUGUGUGUGGUGGGGUCAUGCAACUUUGAUCAGAAGCUUCUGCUUCCUCUCACUGUCUUCCUCCUCCAGACCGUCUACGUGCAGGAUAUCCCAGCACCAGGUCAGACCGUCCAUGGCUCCUCCUACGUGACCGGGUUCGGAGGGAAAGGAGCGAAUCAAUGCGUCAUGGCGGCCAAGCUGGGGAGCAGCGCGACGAUGAUCUCAGCGCUAGGGGACGAUGCGAUUGCGAGCAUGACCCGAGAGAAUCUGAGGAGGAGCAACGUGAGUCUCGACCACAUGUACGUGAAAGAAGGAGUCUCUUCUGGUGUCGCUCAGAUCACCGUGAGCUCCAAGAGCGGGGAGAACUGCAUCGUCAUCGUGCCCGGCGCCAACCUUUGCCUUGAGCCGGAGGAUGUGGAGCGGGCGGCUGAGGUGAGGAGUAGCGGGCAGAGAGAUGGUGCUGAUGGUUUUCUUCGCUCGCUGGUUGAGCAGGCGAUAUCGAGCUGUAAAGUUCUUCUCUGUCAGAAUGAGAUAUCCCCAGCGACGACGUAUACUGCCAUGAGAAUAGCUCGAGGGUCCAAGAGCCCUCCCCUCGUCAUCCUCAACGCUGCUCCUGCUCCUAGAGUUGGGACCAACUGGAGGGAGGGCGAGUGGCGGGACUUCAAGGAGAUGCUCUCCAUGUGCGACGUCCUCUGCGUCAACGAGUCAGAGGCGAGGGAGAUGUCCAAGUUGCAGGUGGAGGGCGAAGACGAGUCUUCUCUGAUGGAUUCCAUCAAGAGAGCAUCGCUGACAUUGAUGGAGCUGGGAGCGAGUCAAAUCCUCUUCACCCUCGGGGAGCGGGGAAGCUGCUUGGUGCGACCGGGUGAUGGAGACACGAGGGAAGUGAAAGUUCAUCGUGUGCCGGCUGGGCAGCAGCGGGUGCAAGUGGUCGACACGUCUGGAGCGGGUGACGCGUAUCUCGGAGCCCUGGCGAGCCACGUGGCAGCGGGGAAGAGCAUGGAGCAGGCCAUGGAAGCGGCGGGAGAGAUCGCAACCAUCACAGUGCAAUCGAAAGGCACGCAGAACUCGUAUCCUUCAGCAGACAGCCUUCCUCCUCACCUCCGGCCUUGAGCUCAGAACGGAAGUUUCCUGCAGUACCUACAAGAGCUCGGGAGGUAGUACGGGACCGAGAGGAGAAGCUGCCAAGUGCGUCAGGCAAGAUAUAUGGAGCAAGAAGUGUAAGUACGCAUGUGAUCAAGGAGGAGGCGAGGAGGAGGAGGUUCCCUCGCAGCAGAGGGCUGGUGUCUCCCUGCUGGUCUUUCUGAGCAUACAGCCCGACCAAUCCCUCUAGGGAGAGGCCGACGGAGGGGUCGGAGUUGAUGGUCUGUUGAGAGAACAGUAUCAGCCGUCAUCGUGCAAUCUUGAGUGUGGUACAUGACCUUGCAGA